GAAAACUAAAUACGCGUAACACUGACAUAUGAAACUAUAAUCUUGGUACUUAAGACCUCUUCUUUGUCAUAUACUGGUUGGUUUUAAUGUUUGAAGUCUUGCCCAGAUGGUGGUAGUGUUGAUCAGUUCAGACUUGAGACUGCAGAGACAGAAACAGUUGCUGUGUCAACUUGGUUCAAAGUCGUCUCGCGUAAGUAGCUGGUUUAAGAGGGAUCAGAAGAGCAUCAUCUGCUUGAGUACAUAGUUCGAUUAUAGCUCGCUCACAGGUAUAUAUAAGAGUUGACCCUUUUCGGACGGCUUCUAAUUUUUUGUUUGUGGGAAGUGUUUUUUAGUAUGGUCAAUGAAGGGAUUAAGGGAAGCUCAGUGAAUGAUUCUAUUGUGAAACCAGAAAGCAGUCGGCAGAAGUUGAUAAACGCAUUGGCGAUUCCAAGAAGUGAGGGGCAGGAGAUGGAAGGAAGAAGGUUUUCGGACUUCUAUAGGAAUACAAGUGAGGAGUUGAGCCUGAGAUCUUAUAUGGAGAGCCCAGUUGCAAUGCCUCUACCAACCAUGGAGAUGCUUGGUUUUAAGAAUUUGUCUCAAAACUUUCGUACUGAUAGCGAGGAACUCUUCAAAAGCUGGCUCACAAAUGGAGAGGCAAGCAGCAGUACCAAUUGCCAUAAUUCGUCAAGCAUUGCACAUCGUACCCGAUCACGGAUGAUUUCUACUGAAAUAGCUAGCUCGCCGGGUCAGCAACAUGUCGGUAUACUUCAAAAGAAAAGAAGCAACGAUUGUUUGUAUCCACCAAUUAAUACAAUGCCUGAUGAAAUCUCGGGUGACAACAAUCAAAGUUCAAUCAGGCAUGGUGUUGAACGAGGAAUACAAGCUAGCGAGUUAUACUUGGCCAAGGCCUGGUUUCACAGUUCUCAACCAAUGACAAGAAGCCGAUCCUCUGAAUUGCGGAGGAGGUAUGUCGCUAUGCAAAACGCUCAAAUGCCAGCAGGUCUGGAAGUCAUGCAGACUGCUUCGGGGAAUAGCAAUCUAGCAAAUCAGGAUUUUGCGUUUUCAAAUGGUUUCAAUGACCCUUCUAUUUGUGAGGUCAGCAACCAAUUGGCGACCUUCAUUUCUCCAUCCAAUUCAUCAUCGUCCACUUUCAACACCCCACUAAUGAGUGAGAUGGAUAAGGUUUCAUCUGUGGUGAGCAUGCUAAAGGGUACCUUGGAGCGCAAAAAGCUUAGCAAUCAGAUCGAGAAACAAAGUGUGGAUGAUGAUAGAUCCAAUGGACGUUUCUCUGUUCAGGAAGUUAGUUUCAACACCGGUUUUGAUCAAGGGGAAAGGGAUCAACUUCAUGAUAUGGCAGCUGGAACAUUUCAGGAAAUAUCCACUAUCCAAGUUAAUGGUCAUAGAAUUACACAAAACGUUGAAGGUUCACUGGAUAUUCAGAUGGAAGGUUUUGUAAAUAUCACAAACCCAAAUCCCAUAAGCAGGACUUCCCAAGAACGUUCCCAAAGUGAAUCAUCUGCUGCUGCACCAGUAGUUUCAUCUGGUUUUGAUGCAUGUGACGGUCCCAGCAAUUCAGGUCAAACCCUGAGCAUUUGUGAAAGUUCAAUCAAACGAGCUGAAAGCUCUAGAUCCAAAGAUGUCAGAGAACGGAUAAUUGGAAAUUUGAAAGAUGAUCAAAAGAGUGGGAAACGUUUAGACCGCUACGGAUCAGUGACAUCAGCUGUUUCAGUGGACAAGGAGGAUGCAACAAAAAAACGCAGGGUGGAGAGGUCACGGAAAAUGGCGGAGGCAAAGGGAAGGAACUCAACUCCAGUAAUUCCAUCUGAUAUGCAAUCUGUCUUGAAGCGGUGCGAAAAUCUUGAAAAGGAAGUGCGAUCACUCAAACUGAACUUGUCCUUCAUGAAUAGGAAGGAUUCUGAGCAGACUACGCAGAUAGAGGAGCUGCAGAAGCAAAAUGAAGAUCUAAUGGAUGAAAAAGAACGGCUCGUGGAGGAGAUAGAGAGAGUCCUUUCAGAAACUGGCAAAGUUUGAAACUCAUCAACUUCUGGUUUGCAGUUAACUUCAGGAUCUUGAGAAUUUAUACAGGUUCAAUAAGGAAGACAAAGCAAGCAGACAAAUGUCAAUGCUUGAUGCACAGUAAAUUUAUAUAUAUAACUAAGCUACUUAGACGUUCCUCCCGACUCUCACAAAGCAGGGAGUUUUGCUAGGUUAGGGUUGCCCUUUUUAUAUAACUAAGGUCAGGUAAAACGGUAAAGCUUUUUCGUAACUUUGGAAAUUCUAGAGUAAGGAAGACCAAGCUGCUUGUGUUUCAAUUUUUCUGUCGCAUUAGGUGCGAAGGUCAAUUUGAAAUGUAUACUGCAUGAAAUAAUUUGGGCAACGGCAAAUGGAGGUUACUUCGUCUUAUACAAUGAUAUUCUGGUAAGGCAAGCUGGCUUUAGGCCAAGCCACAAUGACCUAAUUACAACUAAGUAUCGAAUUUAAUAUAAAUGUUAAAUCAUUCUUGUCA